AGUUCAUCAGAACGGUGCUUUUAUUUUGAAGUCAGUUCUUACCCCCUCUUACCGUAAUGCCUAGAAUAUAAACGCACCAUGAAACAGCAUGGGGGGGUUUGGCUUGACCGUGUUUUUCGAAGUGAAAGGGGGCGUCGGAAUAAAUAUUUGCAUCAACCGUUUUCAUUGGUCGACGUACACGUCACUCAAUCUGUUGCCAUGGCGACGGGCUGCUUGCAGCUUGUCAACUGCACGAUCCAGUUACUGGAGCUGCUGCUGCUGCAAUGAAAACACCUCUGAUGGUGGGAGGAUAUAUAUAUCUGGGCCCACUUCCAUCAUCUUCUCCUCUAAACACUGACUGAGUAAGAGCGAGCCACUGAAGAAGGCAUGUGGCGGACAUUAUGGCGUACAGCUGGCGUACGCCCGUUGGGAGCCAACAGCUGGCCGCCUCACGCCAUCCUGUAGCUGGGCUUCCUCCACCUGAGCUCCAUGCACCUCACGCAGCACACCUUUUGACUUCAUGAAGAUCCCUGACAUCGGUGAUGUGAUGAAUAAAUUUGAAGUCCUUGGGAUUGUGGGUGAAGGUGCCUAUGGUGUUGUUUUGAAGUGCCGACACAAGGACACCAAUGAAAUUGUGGCCAUUAAGAAAUUCAAGGACAGCGAAGAAAAUGAAGAGGUUAAAGAAACGACGCUACGGGAGCUCAAGAUGCUCCGAACCCUCAAACAGGAGAACAUCGUUGAGUUGAAAGAGGCCUUCCGCAGAAGAGGAAAGCUUUAUCUCGUCUUUGAGUAUGUGGAGAAGAACAUGCUGGAGCUGCUGGAGGAGUUACCCAACGGUGUGCCGACUGACAAAGCUCGCAGCUACAUCCACCAGUUAAUCCGAGCUAUUCACUGGUGCCACAAGCAUGACAUCGUUCACCGCGACAUAAAGCCAGAAAACCUCCUCAUCAGCUCCGAUGACGUCCUCAAGCUGUGUGACUUUGGCUUUGCACGUAAUCUCUCUGAGGGGACGGACGCCAAUUACACCGAGUACGUGGCCACGAGAUGGUACCGCUCUCCAGAGCUCCUCCUCGGGGCUCCGUACGGGAAGGCGGUGGACAUGUGGUCGGUGGGCUGCAUCUUGGGAGAGCUGAGUGACGGGCAGCCUCUGUUCCCGGGAGAGAGCGAGAUCGACCAGCUCUUCACCAUCCAGAAAGUGUUGGGACCUCUGCCACCGGAACAGAUGAAGCUCUUCUAUAACAACCCUCGCUUCCACGGGCUGCGGUUCCCUGCUGUGAACCACCCCCAAACCUUGGAGCGAAGAUACCUGGGAAUCAUCGGCGGCGCCCUGCUGGACCUGCUGAAGAACCUGCUGCUGCUGAACCCGACGGAGCGCUUCCUGACGGAGCAGAGCCUGAACCACCAGGCCUUCCAGACCCUGCGGCUCGUGGAUCGACCCGGCCCACCCACGCCUACACCUGCACGCUCCUCCAAGAGGAAACCUCACCACGGAGACAACACCACCCCUAGCAGGAGCCACGGGGGGAAGAGCUCAGGAAGCCACCGCUCCAGCAGCAGAGAGUGCUCCAGCUUGCCGCGGCACGAAGACCUCCACCCGAGCACCGACGGCUUCCUCAACGGCAACAUGCCCGCAGCGAUCAACCUCAGCCCCACCCUGCACCCCAAGAACUACCAGCCGCAGAUCUUCAACCACUCCACCUCGUGCAACAUGGACCUGGCCAGCAGCAACCUGCCUCACCUGCUCAGCCCCGGCGAGGCCAAGAGCAAGGGCGACUUUGAGAUGAACCUGGGGUCCAAAGCGUCCGACGGCCCCGGAGCCAAGUACCUCAAAUCCAACUUCCGCUCGCAGCAGAACCGCCAUUCGUUUGUGGAGGGGAAGACCAAUACGCUCCAGUCGGGGGAGAAACACAGCCGCCACAGCUACAUGGAGUCCCACGGCUCCACGCCGGCCUCCUCCAAGUUCGGCUACCUGAACUUGUCCAAGAGCUACGGCACGCUCAGCGAUGCCAAGUCAGUGGGGAACUUAAACGACGUGCAUCUUUACGCCGACGAGCCGACAUCUCGCUAUUUCCCCUCGAGCUGCCUCGACCUCACAGCGCCGAGCAGCCCGGCAGCCCGCCGAGUGGACAGGCUGGGACCGGUCGGCAGAGGAAGCAUGCGCACAGAAAAAGAGAGCAACACCCUAGACUCGUCCUACCGGCGCUCCUCCAUCCGCCAUAAGGCCACAGAGGAGGCCAAGUCGCCAGAUGCCCUGGAUCCCGCGGAAAGUGGCGUCGAAAGGAGCCACUCUCACUCUCUGUCCGCGCCGCACGACCCUCUGCCUUACGGUCAGGGGUACACGAGCCCCUUCUCGUCCCAGCAGCGGCCGCACCGCCACUCCAUGUACGUGCGGCGGGACCACCAGAGGACACACGGGGCGGAGGAGGGCCUGGUGGUGGGGCAGGGCCUGCCCACCAGAGCCAGCAGCCUCCAGCUCCUGUCCCCGCAGCUGCAGCACCGCACGCUGCCUCGCCACUCCGGCGGCGGCGGCUCCUCCAGAGAGGACGACAUGAGCCGGAGCGAGCAGGCACCUACUGAGGUCACCCACAGCAGACCCCCCAUAAGGGACUCCACCAGGGACAACACAGCAUCUUUUCACACACAGCAGCGGCAAAAAAGCGAGGUUGGCUUAUAUCACGACCAGCAGGCAGAAGAUGGGGGCUCCUCUAAAGAGAACCGCAACAUCUACAGCGAGUCCAUGCCGAGGAGGGUGGGCAGCUUCUACAGAGUCCCUUCUCCCCGACCAGACAACUCCUUCCAUGACAGCAGGGGUUCGAGCCGGGGCUCCGGUCUGUCCGGGGACGGCAGCAGUCUGACCAACCACUCCAAACGCCAGCCGACAUUUGACCCCUGGACUGGCCCAGAUACCGUGGUGCUGAACCCCUCUGAGCCGUCCAAAGAAAAGGAGAAGCAGGGUUUCUUCAGAGCAAUAAAGAAGAAGAAGAAAAAAUCUCAAAUGAUGCAGGUCCCCGAGGGAAGGCCUCCCGUCAUCAAGAAAUGUCUUUUCCCUCUGUUUAGCCCAAAGAAUAACAUAAAGCAUAGCUCCUCAGUGAGAGUCCUCCCUGUAGUGUCCUCUCCCAUGGUUCCUAGUGAAGGCGUGGACACGGUCAUCCAGAAGUCCUCCAGGUCCUCCGGUCACCAGAGCAGCAGCCGCCACAGGACCCGGGACAAGAGCAGAGACCGGGACCAAGACCGGGACAAGGACUGGCCGCCUGAGAAGCUGUCCGAUUCACACUCUCCGAGUCAACCACUGAAGUCUCUGCGUAAACUCCUGCACCUCUCGUCCUCGUCCUCCAACCAGACGUCGCAGUCUGACAUGCGCUACCAGCCGCUGCCUAAUCCGGCCUCCGCUCAAGGCGGUUUCACGGAGAGCCGGGGUCACUCAGGGGUCGGCACGCCCCAGCUGAAGAGCCGACAGACAGCCUACCCGCUGCCGGGACAGCUGGAGUCUGGCUGGCACUCGUCGGCCCUGGGCCGCCCCGAGGGGAACCCCUACCCGGAGCAAAUGAGCAUCAAGGGAGGCCAGAACGGGCACGGCUUCGGACGCCCCUCCAGGUCUCGUAUGCCAAACCUCAACGACCUGAAAGAGACGGCUCUGUGAUGUCCUCCGUCACCUUACAGCUCUCUUCAGACUCCACCGUCACCCCUCCGUCGCUCCUACACGUCCCCUUACAUAACACAGUACACCUGCUUACUGCACACACACACUGAUACCAAACCUUCAGUUCUAGCUUUUUAUGUCUUCAUUUUUUUUAAAGCUUCCAUGUUUGAUAGACUUUAUAUUAUUACUUCUGUAAUUCUGAUUAUAAUUUGUAUUAUAAAGUAAAUAUAUUACAAAUUAAAUAUAUAUAUAAAUAUAUAUAUAUAUAAAUGGAUAGAUAGAUUUUAAGUGUAAGUAUUUUUGUUUCUACUCAAUAUAGGAAUAUAGUACAUUUUACUGCGUAGUAUUUCCUUAAGAUCUAUUUAAGGUAUUCUAAACAAAUAUACUUUUAUCUGGUAUAAUGUCAGUAACUCUGUUCAUCUCACCAGGAUCGUCGUCCAAGCCGUCUCGCUUCUGGAUGUGCUCCGUCGUUCUGGUCACAGACGCAAAGUCAAAGCAGUCUCGUUCUUGAACAUAUAGCUGUAGUGCAGUUUAUGGUAACAACUUCAUUUUACAAGUUUCAUGGUAAUUAGGUGAUAAUUAGCAAGUAACCUAUUUGACAUUUCUUUGGAAUUACUGACAAAAUACCCCAAAUAUUUACCUCAAAAAUUACUUUGUUUGGCUGUCUUGACUCUGG